UGCAUAUGCAUGUGCUGCUGCAUAAAGAAAAAUGGCCAAAGCUUCAUCCCGGACAAUCUGGGGAAAGUAUCAUCACAUGCUAAUUCUCAUUCUUAGAACUCUCGUUUCGUAAAUAAAUAAACUAUCCAACCUUACAUUUCAUCAAAGACUUUCGAUCAAUCAUGUAGUCCAGAUCCGAAGAUUUCUAAUACUCUUAAAAUGGCUGGUAUAAUAUCGGGAAUAUGGGGCAUGCUCCUGGAGGUUUUGUACUUCUGGCAAAGAGUAAGGAAUGCGAUAGCUUGUCUGUAAGCUUUGUAAACCGGAUUGAGCUAAUUGUAUAAAUAGAGGUUCAUACAAUGGAUGACUCGGAAAAAGCCAGUACGGCUUUGGUCGGAUCUUUUACGAGAUGCCCAGACCUACGAGGAAUGGGAAGAAGCUGCUUUUCAAUUAGAUGUUUUGUUGGGAAAUGAUUUAUGGUCUGUUCACCUCCAUACCUUCUGUACAUGCGGUGAGCAACAGCUAAUUGAACAACCACGGGCAGGCGCCAGAACCCUACAUCGAAGCACUACGAUUAUCGAUUGAUACACGAGCGUUUGCAAUCAAUCAUCAUAGCUCGCGAAGAAGGAGACAUUCUACAAUUGGUUAAUCUGCUGAGGUCUGGUCUCGUUCGUAAUCUUGGAAAUAUAUGCGCUCCCCGACUUUUCAAUCGCGCAUUUGCGGGUACGAAACUCUUGAUCGAAGAUUACAUUACGCAAGUUGCACAAGCUGUAGCGGAUGUAACUCAUUUACCUACGACGCCUGGCGCUGAUGGGAAUGAUGGGAGUGUAAAGGGCUUUAGCAGUCAGGCGAAGUUGGACCUGUUGCAUGACACUCGACAGGCUUUUGGGAGAAGCACAUUGGUACUACAGGGAGGAGCGAUUUUUGGACUAUGUCAUUUGGGGGUUGUGAAAGCUUUAUUUAAUAGGGGGUUAUUGCCUCGAAUUGUGACGGGCACAGCAACCGGAGCGCUCAUCGCAGCUUUGGUAGGAAUCCAUACGGAAGAUGAGUUGCCAAAGUUUUUGAAUGGAGAGAGUAUUGAUCUUUCUGCUUUUGCGGGGAAGGAAAGAGGGCUCCAGGGUUCGAGUGGAUGGUGGGAUACUUUGACGAGGAGAGUUAGAAGGUUUUAUAGGGAAGGUUACUUCUUGGAUUUGAAGGUACUCGAGGAAUGUGUACGGGCAAAUGUGGGUGAUUUGACGUUUGAAGAAGCGUAUAACAAGACUAAGAGAGUGUUGAAUAUCACGGUAGCCACAAGUGGAAAGGGAGGAGUACCAAAUCUACUUAACUAUCUCACAGCACCCAACGUUGUACGUAUACUCUUCCACUGCCAAAUACCCUACUAACCGAAGCAGUUGAUAUGGUCUGCCGCCCUUGCAUCUAAUGCCUCAACUCCUUCUCUCUACGGAUCCUCCGUCACCCUAAAAUGCAAGGAUCCCUUAACAAGUAAAAUAAUUCCCUGGUCCGCUGCUGCAGACGCUACCUUCCGCCCCUGGACCCACGCAUCCUAUACUGAUCGGGACUCACCACUCUCCCGCAUUGCCGAACUCUUCAACGUGAACCACUUCAUCGUCUCUCAAGCGCGCCCCUACCUCGUCCCCUUUCUUCAAUCCGAUAUGCACGGUCCUUCUCGUCUCUAUACCCGCGGUGGACGCACCUCUUUAACAGGCGGUUUGCUACAUCUCAUAACUAUGGAAAUUCGGCAUCGACUAGAACAACUCGAUUCUUUGCAACUUCUCCCUUUGUCCAUUCGCAGAUUUCUGGUAGAUGAGCAUAUACCUGCCGCAUCUGUAACACUAGUCCCAGUUCUAUCCGCAGGUGAUUUCAUUCGUCUUCUAGAGACACCUACUAAGGAGAGUCUAGAUUAUUGGAUCUUGAGGGGGGAGAAAAGUGUGUGGCCGGCUGUGGGAGCACUAAAAGUCAGGUGUGCUGUGGAAACGGAAUUGGAUAGAGGAUAUCAGAUUGUAAGAAGAAGAAAGGCCGGUGGGUUAAGGAGAAGAGGGAGUGUAGCCAAUGAUGGACAUGGUGGAAAAAGGGAGAGAGCUAGUAGUGUGGGUCGAAAUGGUAGGACCUCAUUUGUUCAUGAUAAAUCUUGGUAACGAGGUAUUGUACCAAAUCACUCGCUGUAUAUACAUGAAUUUUGCAAUAGUUGAAUGGGAGGUAAAACGGUUAUUGGUGUUGUUGUUGGUAUUGGUGCACGGCGCAGGCAACAGGCAAGAGGAAGAUGGUUUGGUCAGUG